AUGCUUUUCAUCUUGGCGCUCCUGGGACUCUUAUUAUCAGAUACUCCAGCAUGGUGUCUUGGGGACCAAGUUCUGGGCGUAUGGAGCCUGCAGUUUACUGACUUUAAGUACUCAGGAGGGAACGGGACAGACAGAUUUGAGUGCCCAGCCAAUAUAGCAGCUACUACUACGAAGAGGAUACGACUGCUGGCUCCCAACAUUGCAAUCAACGAGCAAACGGGCGCCACGGGCACUUGGACCAUGGCGUACACGGAGGGCCUCGAGAUACGCCUUAACGGUCUUAAUUAUCUGUUCUACUUUGCAUGGAAGGAGUAUCCGCUGGAGGGUAGGGUGAUGGUCAAUUCUUCUUGCUGGCUAUCAGCGCCAGGCAUGGGGUGGGUCAAGAAGGACGGAAUAGGGAAUGCAUCCCAGGCUUGUCUCUAUGCGGAGCUUAUUAGCGCGGACUCCAGCACGCUUUACAACAUUAGGGACGAGAAUGCACCGGGACCAGUGAACCCGACAGACCAGACAAGUCAGGGAGAAGCCUUAUUAUCGCGCCACGCGACCCUACCUUCGAGGAAGCUUCCAGUUCCACUACCUACAGGGGCUCACUAUCGGAAGCUUCUCUCUGCUAACAAGCUCAGAUAUGCCAAGCGUGAAUUUCGCAGGGAAUUCUCGCACAAUCUUUUCGGAUUUGGGUCUGAAUCUGAGACACGUAAUGUACCGUAUAAAGGCGAUACUCUUCCGGAUGACUUCGACUGGCGAGAUGUCAAUGGUGUCAGCUACAUUCCUGGGGUCUUGGACCAAGGCGCUUGUGGCUCUUGCUUCACCUUUGGCGCAGUGCAGGCUAUGAAUAGUCGCAUCAUGAUAGCCACCAAUAGAACAGAUCCUGUAGGUACGAAGACAAUCCUGUCCACUGAGCACGCUUUAGAUUGCAAUGUAUACAGUCAGGGCUGCGACGGGGGCUUUCCAGAGCAUGUCCUGAGGUUUGCAGAGACCAACGGGAUAAUGACAGAGGACGAUUACUACAUACCAUAUACUUCGGGGACGGACGGAGUAACGCGAGAGUGCAAGACAUCUCCUGGCUCCAGGCGCUACUACUUCACGGCAGGCCAGCAGUUGGGUGGCUACUAUGGAGCUGUCACCGAUCCGGUUGAGAUGCAAUGGGAGCUCUACAGGCACGGUCCCUACCCUGUUAGCAUAUAUGUCGAUUCUGAUGGAUACUUCUCCAGAGGGGAUCUUUACGGUCCAGCGGACAAUCACGAAACGGUUGAUUCAGACGACCCCGAACGCCACUACUUCAUCAGUGAGGUGAACCAUUGUGUUCUGCUCAUAGGCUGGGGCACAUUUGCAAACGGAACAAAGUACUGGAUCAUCCUGAAUUCAUGGGGUGAAUCAUGGAAUGACCGGGGGACAAUGAAGAUAGCAAUGGGCACAAAUGCAUAUGGAAUAGAGUCAUCGCCGACAACGCUGUACUGGAUUCCUCAUAAUCCAGUUAGCAGCCAGCCCCAGGUGCACAUAAGAUUUAUUCUGCGCGCCCUUUUGUUCCUUGUCGCUGGGUUAUGUGGACUUUCAGUCAUCGGGCUCCUGAUCGCUAUUUGCGUAGUUAAGUCCCGCGGGACAAAAUACCGUCCAAUAAUUGCAUAA